GAGGAUUCAUUAAUAACAUGGGCGCCGGUGACCUGUCAGCACACAGCCUGUGCCGCUCCCUCCGCGAUUACUGCAGGCGGCCUCUCGGUCUAUGAUAUCUUCGCUGGGACAUAGAAUACUCAUGUGCAGUUGGUUCCUGCAGACAAGAUGAACCAUAACAGCCUCUUCGGGGAGCAGAAGACCUCUGUCUCCAAUAACCAAAACAACAUUAUGUUUGGCCAGACCUCUUUAUUUGGCCAGAGUGCAGCGAAUCAGUCUGCUGCUACAUUUGGACAGGCUCCUAUUGGUCAGUCACCACCAAUGUUUGGUCAACUCAGUAGUAGCCAGCCUGCUUCUGUCUUUGGGCAAACUACAUCACAAUCAGAUCCUGCUUUUGGACAGUCUUCUACAGGACUCUCUGCAUCCACAUUUGUACAGAGCUCUACUGGGCUAUCUGCUCCAACAUUUGGACAGGCCUCUGUUGGGCAGUCCAGUUUUAUAUUUGGCGCUGCUGGACAGUCCAGUUCUAUAUAUAGCCAGGCCUCUGUGGGGCAGUCUGGUUCUAUGUUUGGACAGUCCACUCAACCUACAUUUGGACAGACAUCUGCUGGACAGUCCAGUUCAAUAUUUGGGCAGGCUACUGCUGGACAGUCUGCGCCUACAUUUGGACAGACCUCCGUUGGACAGUCUGCUAAUUCUACAUUUGGACAUGCCUCUGCUGCACAGUCUACCCCAGCAUUUGGGCAGGCUACGUCCGGGCAUCCCGCCCCAGCAUUUGGGCAGGCCACGUCCGGGCAUCCCGCCCCAGCAUUUGGGCAGGCCACGUCCGGGCAUCCCGCCCCAGCAUUUGGGCAGGCCACGUCCGGGCAGCCCGCCCCAGCAUUUGGGCAGGCCCAGCCCGCCCCAGCUUUUGGGCAGGCCACGUCCGCCCAGCCCGCCCCAGCAUUUGGGCAGGCCAAGUCCGCCCAGCCCGCACCAGCUUUUGGGCAGUCUACUACUACUUUUGGACAGACACCUUCAGGUCAAACCGUUCCAGUGUUUGGGCUCGGAACCACUGGAGAGUCUUCCUCCCUUUUUGGAAAGUCAACCAAUACCCAGUCAUUACAAAGUGCUGUAUUUGGGCAGCCAUCUGGUGUGCAGACUGGUUCCAAUUUUGGACAAGGCAAUACCAGUCAAGCAUCUAUCUUUGGAUUGACUGCUACUAGCCAGUCUGCAUCCCCCUUUGUACAGACACCAUCCAGCCAAUCAACUUCUCACUUUGCCCAGGCAACUACUAACCAGCCUGCUUCUAUAUUUACACAGGCUACUGCUGUCCCAUCUGUACCCUCCUUUGGAAGCAGUGCCACAAUAUUUGGACAAGCAGCUACUGGCUCAUCUGUAUUUGAGCAGUCAUCAACUAGACAGAUUGUAGGAGGCACGAGUCAGAGUUCUCUCUUUGGACAGCCUGUUCCAGGUUACAGUCAGAACACAACUGGACAAAGUUUUGGUCAGACAGCAUCCACACAAUCUGACCAGGCAAAUAUUAGCCAAAAUAGCUUUAGUGCAUCUGGCUUCCAGUCAGCAUUUGGUAAACAAAGUACCAGGCAGGAACCCAGUAGUGUUCCUGAAUUUGGUCAGCACAGCUCUGCCCAACCACCUUCAUAUGCUCAGGCCACAUCUGUGCAGACAUCUACAUUUGGAAUUGCAUCAACUGCACAGUCUGGUCACCCAGGGAAGACCAAUGUGUUUGGGAAUGCAGCUGGUAAUGCAUCAAACACAUCAACAUCUAGUCAAGCUAUAAAUGUAGGUCAAGCAUUUGGAGCUAGCACACAGAUGACUGCUGGUUCUAUUGUCCCAGACUCCAAGUUAACCACCAGCAUGGCAGCUACACCAUUUUCACAUUUAUCUAGUAUGUCUUCUGCAAGUUCCGACCUCAGUUUUAAACCUCCUGCUAAUACAAUUUUCAAGCCAAUCUUCACUGGGACAAGUAAACCCAAUCCGAUAUCGACUUCUUUUACCAUAUCACCUCAAGCAAAGAGUGAGGUAAUGGAGCAGCCCAUGUUUGAAAGUCCAGCUGCAUCUGCGGAGAGACAGAGUAGUCGUUUCUUUCCUUUCUCUUCUGACAAGAAAAGCAAAGAUGAAACUCCGACUUCCAGGCCUCCAUUUGCAAGUGUUGAUAGUAGUUUCAGUAGUUUUACAGAAGAUUCCAGAAAAGAAGAAGGAGCAAAAAGAAAAGAAGACCAGAGUCACUCAGUUGCUGUGCCUCCAGAUUUGCACAGGGAUCACGCUCCAGUGAAAAGGUCUAGGAAGUUAAAUAGAGAUCUAACAGGAGGUGCUAACCUUUUGGUGAGGAGCUUAUAUGAUGUUGUUAAAAGCCAAAUGAAAACUCAGCACAGUAAAAGUCCCAAAAAGGAAGAGGAAACUCUUUCUGCACUUAAACCAGAUUCAUCUGCAUCCAGUCAUCCAGUGGAAAGAAGUCAUCUUGCCGGAUCUGGCCAAACCGCAUCAGUAAAAACGAACUCAGGAGCUGUAGCCAGUCAGCUGACAUUCAGUAAGACCCAAACUCCAGCUCCAACAACCCAGACAGCUAGUAGAAUGCUAUUGGCAGGACGGAGCCACCAAGCACCUGACAGAGACUACUCUACAGCUGCGGCUAGUCACCUUGUAUCCGCCAGAGUUCAGCCUGUGUUGGAGGAGGGAGAACUGCCGGAAGAAAUUGAAGAAACCUCACCCAAGACCCCAAUGAGAAAGGAACAACGCUCUGAUAGUGUUGACCGCUCAGUACCUCCCAGCGAGCUGAACACUAUCAGUGUGAAGAAUCUGCCCCCAAGCCUGAAUCAAAAACAAGCUUUGGAAAAUUACUUCAAAAAGUUCGGCAAAAUCCAGCGUUUGUACUGCAGGCCGAUGAGCAAGAUGGCUAUUAUCCAUUUCUACAACCAUAACUCUGCUGCAGCUGCCAAGAAGGUGGGGAAGAGGCUGCACAGGGACGUGUCCAUAUUUUGGCACCGGAAGAAAAUCAGUCCAACAAAGAAGGAGACGGGACAAUCCAAAAAAGGCAUACAGAAGGAAGAGCGAGAAGACGGGGAAGCUGAGAAGGAAACCAGCUCCACUUCCUCCCCGUUGCGCAGUUCUCAGAUGCAGGGGCUGAAGGGAUCCUUCAACCAGAAAUCUGUGUUUUCCAAAAGUCUUCAGUUUGAUGUUGACAGUUCAGAUACCCUAGCACUUUCCUCUGACACCACGUGGUCAUCUCAGAAACAUUCACUUUUGCAUCUUGUGGGUACAGUGGCUGAAACUGCAGAAGAGAAGUAUCGUCUUCUAGACCAGAGGGAUAGGUUGUUGCGUCAAGCCCGAGUGAAGCGGACUGAGCUAGACCAAGCCAAACUGUUUGUAGGGACAUGCCCUGAUAUGUGCCCUGAAAAGGAGAGAUACAUGAGGGAGACUCGCAAGCAGCUUAGUGUCUAUGAAUUCUUUCCAGGAACUGACCAGCUUAACCACGCAGCCGCCAUUAAAGAGUAUAGCCGUUCUUCAGCAGAUCAGGAGGAGCCACUGCCUCAUGAAUUACGUCCUGUACCGGUCCUACGUAUGACUAUGGAUUAUCUGGUGACCCAUAUCAUGGAUCAGGGGGAGGCAAACUACCGGGAAUGGUAUGACUUUGUUUGGAACCGGACACGUGGGAUCCGGAAGGACAUCACACAACAGCACUUAAGUGACCCCUUUACUGUAUCUCUGAUGGAGAAGUGUACACGAUUUCACAUCCACUGUUCUUAUGAUUUGUGUGAGGAGCCAUUGCGCUCAUUCGACCCAAAAAUCAACAAUGAAAACUUGACAAAGUGUCUGCAGAGUCUGAAGGAGAUGUAUCAGGACUUGCAUAAUCGUGGGGAGACGGGCACCUGUGAGCCAGAAUUCAGGGGAUACAGUGUCCUGCUCAACCUCAACAAGGGAGAUAUUCUCAGAGAAGUGCAGCAGUUUCCUGAGGCAGUUCGUAACUCUGAAGAAGUGAAAUUUGCUGUUCAGGUUUUCACUGCACUUAAUAGCACAAACAUUGUCCGGUUCUUCCGACUAGUCCGUUCUGCAUCUUACCUUAACAGUUGUGUCUUACACUGUUAUUUUGCUCAGAUACGGCGAAAUGCGCUGCAUGUCUUCAAUGUAGCAUACACGCCCAGUGUACAGAGACCCACCUUGUUCCCACUGGAGAACAUGGUGCGCCUUUUAUCUUUCCAAGAUACAGAUGAAGCUACAGAAUUUCUUACAGCUUAUGGCCUAUGUGUGUCAGAUGGUUUUGUAGAGUUUAAUCGUACAUCCUUUGCUGAGCCUGAGGUACCGUUGCAGCCAAAGAGGUGCACAUUCAUCAGCAAAAAGCGGCAAGUGUCUUUUGGGGAAGUAGUGAAUGGAGCCCCACUCCCACAGUUUACUUUGCAUGUGCCUGCCUGCAGCUUUGAUGAACAGAAUAAGUAUACUGGAAGUAACACUUCAGUCGAGCAGGGAAUCAGAGAUGAAACAGGUACAGAUAAACCAGAGACCAACAUACCUGCCCCUGAAGAGAUGCCAGUCAAACAAGCUACUGUGCUUCUACCAGACACUCGGGAAUCUUCUUCUGUCUUUGCUCAGUCAGUUUUACAGCCACCUAUGGCACCUUCUCACCCUCCAUCUCCACCUAAGCCAACUUUUACUGAUGAGGAUGUGGCUGCAGUGAUGGAGGAUAUUGUGGAGGAUACAGUGAGAGAAUUCAGUGCUGACCUCGGCCAAGCUGGAGCUGCGUACAUUUCUGCUGUACUUGGAGAGUCUUCUUUGGCUGCGGAUAAGCUCCUUGGAGAUGUGAUCAUGGAUUUCUCUAGUAAAAUUGCCGUAGAUGAAGUGAAAGCAGAGACUGAAAGAGUGAAGGAGGAAAAGAGGCGGAAGGCAGAAGAAGCCAGGCUAAUUCUGGAGAAAGAGCGGAUGUUGUCUAUGGUGAGCCAGUCUCAGUGUGAAGACCUGUUGAAUGAAGUCAUUACUGAGGGCAUCUACAAAAUAUCCAGUGAAGAGCUGCAGCAAGCAGUGGAACGCGAUCAUAAAAAACGCAUUUUACAGUGCUCUCAGCAUGUCUGCGACCAGUUUGUGACUCAGUCUCUGAAUGACGAGGUCUGGGAUAUAGCUAAGGAGACCCUUUGUGAGAUGCGGUGUUGCAGCAAGUACAUUCAGAGGUGGAGGGAAGUUUUGGCUGCACGAAAGAAGCUGAGACGUCAGAUGCGAGGGUUUCCGGCUGCCCCUGGCUUAUUGGGCCGAGAUGGAAAGCUGAAGGCUUUAGCUCCCAGUGCUAUACAUGAUAUGCAGAACCUGGCCAAGGGAAUCGUUGACUUGGGCAAUGCUGGAAAAUUAUGCGUUUCUGUGAACAGAUGUCUACAGCUUAGAGAGCAGAACCUCCAACAAAUGAGGGCUCAGACUUUACUCCAGGAGUCACUCUGUGAUGCUGCGUGGAAACCAUUGGAGUUGCCAUCUCUGAUUGUGGAGAAUCUCUCUCCAUGGAAGCAGUGCAUUUUCUGGAAAGCUGUCCUCGCUCUGCCUGAAAUUACUGAGCUUAGUGACCCCAGCAGUCUUCUCUCUGAAUGGUUAAAAGCAAAGUUUUGCUGGGCAGGUGCGCAGCCUUCCGAUGAUCAGAAUCCGCAGGUUCAAACAUUGACACAGUACAGUUCCUUCGAAUCUCAAGAAGGAAACCCUGUGCGGGUUAAUGUGUGUGUAAAGGUGGUACAUGGCCCUCUCACCGACACAGAGUUGGAGCAAGCAGAGUACAAGAAGGAAUUGCUGGGAACCAGUGGGGUUCUCCUCCUGUUACCGCCUCUGUCACACGCAACUGAUGUGUAUUGGCUCUCUGCACUAGUGCAGCUGAAGCAGCUUCUCCAAGCAAAGCCCUUCAAGCCGCCACCAAGUCUUGCUGUCCUGGUACCAGGAUCUCACCCAGACUCGGAGAGAGAGGUGGAGGAAGAACUCAAACUUCCUGACCUAGUUUCGUGUGGUCUCAUAUCUGAUUAUCUUGUGCUCACAAUACCUGUUGCUGUGAAUAACUUAAAAGGGUCUGACAUGGUCUCCUCUGCUGUACAGUUCCUACUGUCCCAUUGCCCUCCACCUUUGGAAGUAGCCUCGCUCCCUUUCCAACAGUACAUAGAGGAUGGUGUGUGGAGCGCGUUCAGUAAUCCCUUUUAUCGUGAUCAGUUUGAGCGCAGGAAGUCCGGCCUUCCCUCACAGGACCCUGCACCCAUCAUUGAUUUGUAUAAUGAUGCUAUUGCGUUUCUAGCAGAGGCCGUUUCCUCAAAGCAACUUUAUGAACUGUCCUGGCCUAUAACAGAGUUUGCAUCUAACGGCAGCUCUUUAAUGCCACCUACUGACUGGAAUAGUCCUGACCACCUUGCGGCACUGAGGAAGGCCACACUAUCCUUUCAGAUUCCACAGAUGGACAAGCCUCCGCCAGAAGCUCCUUGGAAACCUGUCUGCUCCAUGAUUAUGGACUACAUUUCUCAGAUCUCUCAGUCCUCACAUGCUCUCCCGCUGCUCAUCUCCGAAGUGCGGUGUCUUCUUUGGCGCACAAGGGAACGGUGCCUUGAGAAGAGAGGGGUUACAGGCUCUGAGCCAUCAGUGCAGGAUAUUCCCUGGGACGACUUGAUUGCUCUUUGUAUCAACCACAAACUGCGAGACUGGGAACCUCCUGUCGAUGCCAAUGGUUUCCAUGAAAAUCUUUUUGUAUAUUUCUUCAAGGAGGAUUUGAAAAACUUCUCACAGCCAGAAUCAUGGGAGAAGGCUGGCCUCGGCACAGAUAUGGAUUCUCUGUGUGCCGACAACAGCCCACCGUGCAGGAGAACGCUCCAUUUGCCAGUAUCCCAUAGUCUGUGCUCUCCCUGUGUAACACUUGAAGAACAGGAUAAUGCAGAGCUGUCUUACCUGAAGCCUCUUCUAUCACAGCUGAACCGUGCAGUGUUAGCUGAGAAAAAGGAAAAUGAAAGGUACAAUGAAAGACUGCAGCAUCUGCUUGAAGAGGAACCUCUGAAUGCGUCUCUCAGCCUGCCGCUAUACCUUGCCUUCCCAUCUCUACAGAGUUCUCUAGAAAGUGCCAUUGUUCCCUCCCUGCAGCAGUCUUCUGUGUUCAAUGGUUUCUGCUCCCCUACCAUGCCAGAACCUCUAGCAGACGGCGCUGUACUCUCAAACUCUGACACCACCUCUUUACAAGAGAGCAUACGGAACCUACAGAUGAAUUUAAGAGCAUACCAGCAGGAAGACAUUGCUCUUAGUUUGCACCUCAGUACACUACUGGAAGUGGCACGAGAAGGGGAGCCAAGCAAGCCCAACAAAUAGUGUAAGGUCCACGCCAACCAUAUUGCGUUGUGACCACACUGGACUAAAUGAUGCACUGCAGUGCAGCAGUGCUGUAUUAUGGUAAAUAUGAAUGGAAAGGAUGGACGGCAGUAUAACAACUGUAUAUUGCAUUGUUUGUAACGUCCGUUUUUGUAUUUGAAUUUAUAUUUUUUCAUGUUUCAACCAGAUUUUGUUUUGAAUCAAGUGUUUUUGUUCAUUUUCUGAAGCAAGAAGAGGCAUACAGGCAAAAUGAACAGUUAGGCAUGCAAAACGUUUUUUUCAAAGAAUAUAUUCUAACACAAUUUGAAAGAGUCUGCAAGCACGCAUCCCAGACAAAUAUAAAUACUAAGAGUAAACUGCAUCAUAUGAAGGCUGCGCUACUCAGUAGAUGAGUCUGCGUAUUCAAGCAGGUUGUAGCUGGAAAGUUAAGGUAUACUCCAGUACUCCAAUACCUUUAGUGAUAUAUAGGAUGCGAACUAAGAGACUUUCUGCGCAUACCCUGCUGGCGUAUUUCUGAUAUAUUUCAAUGCAAUAAUGUUUUUGUUAAACUAACAGCCACAAUUAGGGACAUUUUAACAUAUAUAUGUUUUUAAGGGGUGUAUAGAUUUACAGUAAAACGGAUAUGUAAUUUAAAUAUGGUUACUACAACAAUUAGGACUAAACAACAUGCAACAUAAAAGUAUGAUGGGCAGUGUGGGAUGCCUUUCUUCUUAGCUGGGCAAUUCUUAGACGUGGCUGCUAAUGAAAAUAUUCUUUUUAAAAAUAUAUAUGCUUUAUUUUAUAUAAUAAUAAUAAUAAAGACUUCUACUCUCUG